CGAAUCAAUUCAAUUCAUCUUGCAGCAGCAGCAGCAGCAGUGGCAUCCCGUACCAGAUCCAAAUUGAAGGAAAAAGCAAGAUUAAAGCAAGAAGAAGCGAUAUCUCGGUGGCAAAAUGUUCCUGAAGAAAUAUUCUGGAAAUUACCAGGUAAUUCAAUCUUGUCAUCCAGGUGCGUCUGUAAGCUUUUCAAGGAUCGUCUUUCUAAACCUAGAUUUAUCAAAAAUCAUGUUAAUCUUUCGAUUCAGACCAAGAACAGCAACCCUAAACUUUUGUUUAGUGGUCGCUCGCCAACGACUCCCCCUAUGAUUUACUCUAUGCCGUUAGAUUAUGCCUCAAUUUCAUCAUCAUUACCGAAACCAGCACUUCUGCUUAGUUACCCAUUUGAAUCUGCCACUAAAACAUAUUGGCACCACUACAUGGGUUCAUGUAAUGGUUUAAUUUGCAUAAAGAUUCUUAGGGAAGAGAUAGAGUUGAUUAUGAAAGGGGAAACCAGACCAAUUAUUCUAGUAUUUUGAAUCCAUUCACAAGACAAUAUAAGGAAUUCAAAAUGCAAACAGUGAGAAAACGUGGUUACGACGUAGCCUAUGGAUUUGGUUAUGAUAGCGACAUCGAUGAUUACAAAGUAGUGGCAAUAUCGGAUAAUGGUGGUUGCUCCAAUGUUGAAGUGUAUUCAGUAAGAUCGAAUUCACGGAGUAAUAUUCAAUGCACGGUCAAAUACUCUUUUCAUGGAGGUUAUCAAUAUGGAUGUCCCGGUGUGUUUUUCAAUGGAGCUCUUCAUUGGUUGGGGAGUAUCGCCAACCAAGAAACCUCGUCCGAAGUUAUAUUGUGUUAUGAUAUCAGCAUUGGGAUAAUGGUGAAUAUGCCCUUACCUGAUAUUUUGCCAAUGCCACCUACAUAUGUUUCUGAAAAAGUUUGUAAAAAUGUGGGAGUUUUGGGAGACUGUAUUUUUGUAGCUUUUAUUUGGAGAUCUGUUAGAAUGGAUGUGUGGGUGAUGCGCGAGUAUGGAGUAAAUGAGUCUUGGUUUAGAAAAUAUACCACAACCCAAUUACCGCUCUCGUUGUACCCAUCUGCAUUUUGGAAGCCACUGUGGUGUUUUGACGGUGAGGUUUUAGUAGAUGAUGGUACCGAACACUUCCUUUUGUUUGAUCCAACAACUGAAACAUUUAGAUCAGUGGUGGUCAGUGACAUCGCAAUGGAUUCCCUCCGUAACCGAGUAACUUAUGUGGAGAGUAUAGCCUCUCUUGGCUCUGGUACUUAUCUGAAGAGGCAAAUUAAAGAUGGGACCGGGAAGAAUCCCAAGCGACAACGAUUGAGAUGAACAUGUACUGUCGAAGAAGGCUCCAAGGUCUCGUCAUUUAGAAGAAUCACCACAACAAUAUAAUCAUUGCUUUUGAGUACUUUGACAGUAUAAGUUCACAGUUGUAUUUUAGAAUUUCAAGAUACCGCCAAUAUAAUGUACGUUUCACCGAGAUCUUGUAAAAAUACUCUUUUUUACUGUGAUUGUUGUUUGCAAUUCUGAUUGGGUUUUUACUCUUUGUUUACCAGUAUCUGGAUUUUUUUAUUUUUGUAUUGUGUGCAAACUUGCCUUGGUUAAAUGUGCGUUCAGUAUGUCAUU